AUGUCCAAGCUCCUGGCCAAGCUCCGGGAGAGCAACAAGACGCCACAAGCCGCGGCCGUCGAGCUCCAGAACGCCCUGAGAAGGCUGCGCGAGCUGCAGCAGGAGUUCGUGGCCAAGCAGGCCAAGCAGAAUCUCCUGGACCGACUGGCUCAGGUGGACACGCUGGAGGCGCUGCAGAAGGCUGCGGCCUCCCGGAAGGCGCAGGUGGAAGCGGGCUACGAGCAGGAGAAGAGGGAGCUGCAGGCUGCAGUGCAGGAGCGGCGCGAGGCGCUGCGGAUGCUCGAGCGCAUGGCGGACGAGGUGGAGCAGGAGAAGCGGAACGUGGUCGAGCACGAAGCCACGAGGGAGGCACACGAGAGCGAGCUGGCGCAGCUGAACGAGGUGUGGAAGGCGAUCCAGCAGAAGAAUGCGCAACGGAAGGCGGCGGUGCAACUGGCGACGACUGUGAUGAUCACAGAUGAGGAAGACUGCAGCCGCGUGCUGGACAUGCAGACGCAGAGCAUCCAGGAAAUGCACCAGAAGCAGAAGCUGCUGGAGGAUAAAAAGAUCGACAUCAGCACCCAAGUAAAGCGGACCAAGCGCACCAUUGAGAACUUGUCCAAACAGAACGACCUGAGGAGCAAGGACGCCGAAGUCAAGCAGCGAGAGCAGGACUACAUGACGCUCCAGCACAUGAAGCAAUGGUAUGAUCAUGUCCGGAGCAUCCAGGAAUCGUUGUCUGGGAUGGAGAUCAUGAAGGUGGCCGACGACUAUCUCGAAGUACGCGUGUUGAAGUCGCAUUUGGUGCGACUCUUUUGCGAUCCAGAGUCCACGUGUUUGCAGCGCGUCCAGGUGGGUUCAUCCAGCCACAACGUUUGA